ACCAGGAGAGAUCUGUGAGAGGAGAUUACAAGUUAGACUGGGCAGAGAAUCCAGGAGAUGAGUUAGGUAAUAUUAUCCAGAGGAUUAUCAAGAGAACACCUUUACUUGAGAUCCAAGCUAGUGGGGAAGGGGGAGGAUGCCAGAAAACCUUGAAUCCAUGAGGCGGCUGGUGGUGGGUGGACAGGCAGGUGAGCAUGGGCAUGCACUGAAGAGCAGCGACAAUAUUCACUUGGCCUGGAUCUUCUGACCCUCCAGAGCAAGCCUUGCCAUCGCUUGAGCCAUUCACAGUGCGCUCAGAGCUCAAAGAAGAGACGCGGAUGUUCGCUUGGGCGCAGCGUGCAGCGCCGCUGCACAUGGAGCGCUCGGGGCGGCCGCCGCUGAUGUUGCUCGGUCUGCUACUCCAAAUCUGUUCCGCCGUUACCACUGAUCGCAUGAACUCCGACCGGUACGCGGUCUACUGGAACAGCUCCAACCCUAGGUUUUUUCAGGGUGAUUACACAGUGGAGGUGGCAAUCAAUGACUACCUGGAUAUCUACUGUCCUCACUACGAGGCGGCGGAGUCAGCCGUGCACAUGGAGCAUUAUGUGUUGUACAUGGUGAACUAUGACGGAUACAUGUCCUGCGACCACCACAGAAAAGGUUUUAAACGCUGGGAAUGUAACAGACCACAGAGCCCCAAUGGGCCACUCAAGUUCUCUGAGAAGUUUCAGCUCUUUACACCCUUUAGCCUGGGCUUCGAGUUCAGGCCAGGACAUGAGUACUACUAUAUCUCAUCACCGCAUCCAAACUUGGGUAGGAAGCCUUGUCUGAAGCUAAAAAUCUACGUCAAGCCAACAAAUGAUUCAGUGUACGACUCUGCGGAGCCCUUCCUGACUGACGAUACCACUGGUGGCUGCAGCCUUGCUUUGCCGUCUGCCAUGUUGCUCACCCUCCUUCUCAUACUCCUCAUCUCCUAUUCAUAGCAGCUUUCUGAGUCAGACCAAGCACCGCCCCAUCGCCGCUACCACUCUGAAGAAAACUUGAUGAAGGAAACUAAUGUAGCUUCCUCUUACUGAACUUUGGCCUUUACCUCAAUAAUACUCAAAGGCUCGAACAAUCAGAGGAGGCAAGAACAGUGGUGGGGGGAGCUUGAGGCUGCAUAUCAACUCUGUGUGGAAUUUCUGGGAUCAUCCCUGCUCUUCUUUUAAUGUUUCUGUCAAGCUGUCAUAUAAAAUUGUGUUACAGAUCCACAAGUCAAGACAUUAAAGGAUCUCAUGUUAA